AGACGACGGGUGCUGGGCGUGUCUGGAGGCAUCGAGGAGCUGGGCAGUGUGAGAUGGGAGCUGGCUUUGUGUCUUCUGGCCUGCUGGGUGUUCUGCUACUUCAGUAUCUGGAAAGGCGUCAGAUCUUCUGGAAAGGUAGCAUACUUCACAGCCACAUUCCCCUAUGUGAUGCUCCUGAUCUUGCUCAUCAGAGGUGUGACUCUUCCUGGAGCCUGGGAGGGGAUCUACUACUACCUGUAUCCAGACCUGAACCACCUAGCGAACCUUGAGGUCUGGAUAGAGGCAGGAUCUCAAAUAUGCUUCUCCUUCAGCAUCACUUUAGGAAUUCUGAAUGUUUUGGGCAGCUACAAUGACUACAACAACAACUGUUAUAAGGACUGUUUCUGGCUCUGUCUGCUGAACAGUGGGACCAGUUUUGUUGCUGGAUUUGUUGUCUUCUCAGUACUUGGAUUCAUGGCUCAGAAACAGGGUGUAACUGUUGACACUGUGGCUGAGUCAGGUCCUGGUUUGGCCUUCAUUGCUUACCCUCAGGCAACAGCCUUGAUGCCUUUGCCACAGUUCUGGACUGUCUGCUUCUUCCUGAUGCUUAUUUUCCUCAGUGUUGACACACAUUUUGUGACAGUUGAGUGUUUUAUCACCUCGAUAAGCGACUUGUUUCCGAAGCUGUUUCGUAAACCUGGGAGACAUGAGAUCUUUGUCCUCAUCACGUGCUUGUUCUUCUUCAUCAUACAUCUGAUGUUGGUCACUGAGGUGAAUAUAAUAUUUCCAGGCUAAACCUAGCUGUUGUUGUUUUCUGUGGUUUGAAAAAUGUUUCCUUAAUGUUUGAAUGCUUUACAUAACUUCUG